GAAAAUGGCGGCCACGAAAGUUGAUGAGCUGAUAAAAGUUCAGAUGGAUAAGAAAGGCACCAAAAGAGACAUAGACUUGCGUGAAAUUUAUCUUGCAAACAGGGAUAUCAAAGACAUACAAGACUUAGCAAGAUUUCGGAAUCUGAAAUACCUCUGGUUAAAUGGAAACAAGCUGAGGAGAAUAUCUUGCCUCAGUCAGAACUUUCGUCUCGCUGAGCUCUACUUACAGAACAACCAGCUAGUGGAAAUUACUGGUGCCUUACAACACCUCACAAGUUUACAGGUUCUUAUGCUACAUAAUAAUCAACUGACAGAUCUACAGGGUGUCAUCCGAGAAUUCAGCAAGAUGGGCAAUCUCAAGACUCUUAAUCUGUUUGAUAACCCCAUUGCACAAGAACCAGAUUACAGAAUAUUUGUGAUUAAGAAUUUGCCCAAACUAGAGUUGCUUGACAGAAGAGAGGUGUCCCGAGAAGAACAGAAGGAAGCUAAGGCAAUGUACAGUGAACGCAGUCAGGUGGUCAGCCGCUCAAUAGCUUUUGGGAGGAGAGCUCCACCCUUCCCUAGUAAGACAUCACAUCAGAACAAGAGUUAUCUCCCCAGGGUUUUCCUUGCAGAUACCACGUAUUUGGGGAACAGCUUUUAUCGAGACAAUCCACCAUUUGACAGCAAGGAAGAGGCUGUCCUGGCCAGGAGGUCACAGAACAUGGUUUCCCUGUUCACGUAUUUCGACUGGACAAAGCUUCCUCGAAUACAAGAACGGAGAAUGGCAGACAAGCCAUUUGAGUCCCCGGAGCUCAUAACUCAUGUGUACAGAUAAUCUCUGUCCCAUGCCUGUGUCUACUACAGUUUAAUUUCACAUGAAUGUCCCACCAUGGUCAUUUAAUACUUGUUUCUACAGAUUUCAGUGUACAUCCAUUCAUCAGUACAUGAAUAAUAAAUGUUACUUGCUGGUUUUUGGACAGGACAUUAAAAUGUCUGUGUACACGGACCAAUUGUGAACCAAGUUCAAGGGGGAAUCUGUACUUUUAUAUUUCAUCAACCUCAUCAUUUCAAUUUAUAAUUAUGCAAUUUACAGACUUACAUCUGUGAUAUUAGUCUAAAAGGAACAUCAGAAAUCAUAUCUGUACAAUUCUCUUACAGUGUGCCCUUUCUCUAUGAAGCAUAUACAAGUUUAAUGCUUUAACAAUUUAAUGUUUUGUUAAUGCCUUUGUUAUGUGUAAAUGUAUGAUUGUAAGGUAAAGUUGUAUAUUGAGCUAGAUUGUGAUAUAUUCUUUGUAGAUGGCAUUUAUACAUGCAAGCUUUUGUAUGAAAACAAUGGUUUAAUUAAAAAAAAGUGAAAAAAAGCCAAAGCUGCCAUUUUCACGUUUAUUUCAAUACAAAAACCUCUACAGCAGUGAACAGUGACCCCUGGUUUCAAUACAAAUGAACAUAUUUCCCCUGGCUCUGACAAACCCUGUUGUAUUGUUACUUCUCCAAGACAACCAUUUAUCUACUUCACGAGUUUUUAGCAUGCGAUCACCUACACUGACUUGAUACUAAAAUCAUUGUGUGGACCAAAGCUGUGCUUAAUGCAGUUACAACAAUGUCUGUCAUGAACACUGAAUUACUAGAGCAAACAACACUGUAUCCUGUAAAACAGGUCCUAGAACCUCUGUCUACCAGCACAUGCUGAUGUUUUUCCCUCUCUCAAAAUUCAAUGCUCAGAACAUUCUUUGCCUUUGUUUCCCAAACAUGAUUUGUAGUUUGUGUCAGUAGUAGUAUGGUGUGAUAAGUCAGCAAUCAGUAGUUUACAUCAAUUAUAACCCAGACAGAUGAACAGAUCUUAUAUGACAUCCCAUAUACAAUCAGUGCUAUUUUAAGCAGCACAUGAGGAUGACUGGUUCCAUGGGUGGAGUUGCCAAGAGUAAACUACUAACCUUUAGCAAAGUAACUAAUGAACAUUCUCACAUGCGAAACAGUCAAAUGGAGCAAGCUCUAUGUGUAUGCCAGCUAUAUCCACAAAACUUCAAGUACAAUCACCAGGCUUAUGUUGGCACCUAGGUCCUGACAGUUGCGGAUGUGUGAAAAUGACCAGGCUUAUGUUGGCACCUAGGUCCUGACAGUUGCGGAUGUGUGAAAAUGACCAGGCUUACGUUGGCACCUAGGCCCUGACAGUUGUGCAUGUGUGAAAAUGACCAGGCUUAUGUUGGCACCUGGGUGCUGAUAGUUGUGGAUGUACGAAAAUGACCAGGCUUACGUUGGCACCUAGGUCCUGACGGUUGUGGAUGUAUGAAAAUGACCAGGCUUAUGUUGGCACCUAGGUCCUGACAGUUGUGGAUGUCUGAAAAUGACCAGGCUUAUGUUGGCACCUAGGUCCUGACAGUUGUGGAUGUCUGAAAAUGACCAGGCUUAUGUUGUCACAUAGGCCCUGACAGUUGUGGAUGUAUGAAAAUGACCAGGCUUGUCACCUAGGCCCUGACAAUUGUGGAUGUAUGAAAAUGACCAGGCUUAUGUUGUCACCUAGGUCCUGACAGUU